ACCCAUAUGUAGCCAAAACCUCCUUCAGGAUUCCCCCAUCUUGCCCGAAGAAGCUACUCUAGGCUUCCAUGGAGUUCAAACCUCGCAAUUAUAAUGCCCAAAAGGAAGCACACGCGCUCCCUCUUGUACGUACGGAUAGCCAUCCCCUCUCCGCUCCACCCUCACACCACCGUCAGGUUGAUGUUGUGGAUCAUGAGCAUAAUGACUUUUUUGAUCCGCUGAGAGGAUUGGCUGACAAUGCAACGAAUUGUAGAGAGGAUGUACAAGAACUUGAAAGUACUUCUAGCGAAGCAUCUUCUCAACUCCCCACGAGGGAAUGGAUGUCUUUCAAGAGAUUUUUAAUGCAGAAAUUUCCUGUCUCCAAGAUGGUUUCAAUUUCUUCAAUGUCCAAUGUGAUAAUGAAAGGUGUAAAGGUGGCUGAGAAAUCUUUGACGAGUACGCAUCUGGAGGAACUAGAAGAUCCGGAGAAAUGCGCAGAAGAUGGUGUCAAGGUUGUCACUAGGCAGGAGUAUAUCUCUAGACUACAUGAGCUCAAAGAUGAAAUUAAUCGUGCUUGGCGUGCCAAUGAUCGUGUAACAUCUUUAAAAUUAGCUAUAAAGGUGGCUAGGCUUUUGAUGGAUACGUCGGUUUUACAUUUUUAUCCUACGCUUUUUGUUCUUUCUAUGGAUAUAAUGGACAUGCUAGGGGAUAUGGUAUGGGAGCGCAUCAAGUGGAAAGCUGAAUUUGCUGAAGAUGGAACCAGACUCUUCUCUUUACCAGAGAACUUUCAAGCAAGUGACAUUUGCUCUGAUGCCAAGGAAACUUGCAAUAAUUGGUUCUGCAAGAUCGGUUCCAUCUGUGAGCUUCUUCCACGCAUCUAUUUAGAGCUGGCUUUAUUGCCCUGCUGGCGCUUCCUGGUCGACCAACCUGAAGACAAUCUCCAGCGUUUGGUUAUGAUGAUGAGAGGGUUAUCAGAUCCAUUGGCAUCUGCUUACUGUCGUCUUUAUAUGGCUCACUGUGCCCAGAAGUUGCCCAGAUCUGAUACAGGAUAUCUGGUUCAAUGCGUUAAUGAUAUCAAUAUUCAGUUGAUGCGGAUUAUGUCAGCCAAGGAAAUGACACGUAGAAAUUCUACAGACAACAAGAGAUUGCUUUUUACUUUGAUGGAACCAACCAUUGAAUAUAUCAUGAAAAUCAUAUUUAAGGAUGCAUCUAAGAGUCAAGUCAGUAAUGUACUUGUGGAGCUUGGAUCAAGAAGGAAUCAAGUGGAGUUGUUUGGGAGUUUGCAAUGUAUCUCAAUGGUUCUUCAUCAUCUACUCAAGGAACUUCCUGCUGAAGUUGUUACUUCAAAUGCCAUGGAGAUCCUUCAUAUCAUUGAAUGCAGCAAUGAUUAUUCAUCUGAUCAGUGCUUGAAUUACAGGUUGCUUGGACUCAGGCUGUCUGAAAGGAGAUCUCAAAUGGACAUUAUCCAUGAUGUGGUUGAUAAAGUUAUUCAGGUUCUCAGUCAAAACAGCAGCCUUGAUGAGUACCUGAAGGUUGUGGAUGCUUAUGUGGAUAUUGUUCUUCAAAAUCAGAUGGAUAACCAUCUGAACACCAUUUUAGGAGGUAUUUUAAACCGAGCAUGCAAUAAAGCUGUUGCUGAAGAUGAAUUGGCAAGCUUGCAAACCAUCUUGAUGAAGCUUCUUAAUCAUUUCAAGGGCUUGGAAGAUGUAUUCGCUUUGAACCAUUUUCUGGAGAUCUUAGAUAUAAUGCAUGGGAGUUCACGGAGCUUCGUCAAUAUGCAUAUCCUUAACCUGGCGACAAGGAACAGUUCUAUUAGUGAUCCAACAACCAUACAGUUGCUUUUUGAAAUUUCUCAGGCUCUUCAUGAUGAUCUUGAUUUUGUGAAUGCAAAAGAUGAUGAUAACCAACCAGCACGUUUGAUUUCCCGUUUUGUGCAUAUGGUUGACUAUGGCUCAGAGUUGGAACGCCAUUUAACCUUUUUAGUUGAAUGUCGUGGAGCUUUUGGUAACUUAAACGAACUUAAGGAAACUCUUGUUCACUCCAGCAAUUGUUUAGCCAUCAAGGCUUUGAAAGAUGCAAAAAAACAUCUUAGUUUUAUCAAAUCUUGCAUAGCGUUUGGUGAAGUCACAUUACCUUCUAUCUCAGCUCAGAUCAAGCAGUUAAAUCUUUAUCUUGAGACUGCAGAGGUUGCCUUGGUAUGUGGUUUAGUCUCUCAUUCAGAUGGACUGAUAGAUUCUGCAAUCAGCUGUUUGCUAAGUUUGGACUUCGUGGAUGGCUCCCGAACAUCAACUGAUAUUGAAGGAAUACUGUCUGCAAUUCGGAAAUUAUUUUGUCUCUUGAUUAUGGUUCCAGGUAAUCCUGAGCAAGGAGUCACCUACUUUGCAAACAACAUUUUAGCACUUGUUAAUUCAAGCUCAUGGAUGACACCAGCAAUGAGAACAAGAAUUUUUUAUACGACACUCACAUUGACAGCUACCCUAUCUCAAAAUAAGCUCCCAUACCAUGCAGUUCACGGACAGAUUUUUGGCAAUGACCUAUUGUUUUUUGGCGAUUCAUCCUAUUUACACGAACUUGUCUCGUUAUCUGAGUUUGUUCUCCAGAACCUGGUUGAUUCCAUUCAGAAAGAGCCAUCUCCGGCUGCUCGGGGAUGCAUCGCGCUUGAAGCUUGCAACUGUAUUGCAUCGUCUUUCGUGGUAAGUCCCGAAAUAUCUCAAAUCUGCUCCGAACUGAUAGAAACUGCCAAGUCGUGUUUGAGUGCCAGUGACAAAUAUCUACAGUCGACCAUUAAAUUUUUGGACAAAAACUUGCGAGCUCCUGUGGUGGCUGUAUCAUCCAUUUCUGUCUGAAAUACAGAUGAAGGUCUUGUGAUUGUUAAAUCGGAAGUUCGCUCUGUAGAUGUUCAUUGCCUUUCUUUGAUUGUGAGUACUCUUCGUUUUAGACUAAAAAAUUUGUUAACACCUUUAUUUUGUUCAUAUAAUGUGUAUAUAUCGAGAUCAACACCA